GCCUGACAGAACGCCCCGGUGCGCGUCACGUGUCAGCUCCCCAGCAGCCCAUGUGACCUUCUGACACGUCCCCUCCCGGCUACCGUCCUGUGGUUGCCGCGGUGACCAGCUGGGGCUGGCUCCGGGCCCGGUAACGGAGCCAUGGGCCCGAACACCGGGAAUAGGAACAUGAGCACCGGAGCUGGCCCCACCACCUCCCCGGGAUGCGGCAGCGGGGACCUCAUGGGCAGUUUUGGCAUCUUUCUGCAGGGCCUGCUGGCAGUCAUGGCCUUCAGCAUCCUAAUGUUAAAACGUUUCCGAGAACCAAAGCACGAGCGGCGUCCAUGGAGGAUAUGGUUCCUUGAUACGUCCAAGCAAGCAAUUGGAAUGCUGUUCAUCCACUUUGCAAACAUCUACUUAUCAGAUCUUACAAGAGAAGACCCAUGUUCACUCUAUCUCAUCAACUUCCUCCUGGACGCCACACUGGGCAUGUUACUUAUUUAUGCGGGUGUCCGAGCCGUGAGCUGUGUGGUUGAAUGGAGGCAGUGGGACUCCUUAAGGUUUGGAGAAUAUGGGGAUCCUUUACAGUGUAAAGCCUGGGUUGGACAGUGUGCACUCUACAUCCUUAUCAUGAUGUUCGAGAAGACUGCCAUAGUCCUUGUCCUGCUUAUACCUAAUCUGAAAGAGGUGGCCAUGUUAAAGCCUGACACUUUCCCGAACCCAGAGCUGGAGCUGGCCAUUGUAAUGCUCAUUGUACCCUUCUUUGUUAAUGCAUUAAUGUUCUGGGUGGUGGACAACUUUUUGAUGAAGAAGGGCAAGACAAAAGCUAAACUAGAAGAGAAAGAAGGGAGCCCGGAGUCCCGGAAUGGUAAUAAGGUCCGGUAUCGGCGGGCAGCCUCUUAUGAUGAUUCUGAAUCUGAAAUUCUUAUUUCAGCGGAUGACGAAAUGGAAGAGUCUGAUGGCGACGAGGAUCUCCGCAGAUUAACAAAUUCCAAGUCAGUUAAGAAAAAGAAGCACCGCUUUGGCCUGCCCGUAUGAGGUUUCUCUAGUUUUUGCACAAUUUUUGCCUCCUCUGGAUUGAGGUUAACAGGAAUACACAAGGUCUGGCAUCUUGGCACAGGACUUCUUUGAGCCGCUACCUCUACUGUCUUGUCAGCGUUCAGAGAUGGCGGUGAUACAGACCGUGUGGUGUUCGCAGUCGGAGCGUAAUGGGGUGGGCACUGAACUUCUACUACACUACAAGCUGCUGCCCACUUCUAUACCCGGCGCAGGGUUUCGCAAACGUAAAAACUGCAGAUACCUGCUAUUCUUUACAGAGAUUUAGGUCAAUAACUAUUUGUCUGCAUAUUUCUAAUCUGACUGCUUGUUCCAUAAUUUUCCCAUUUGUUUAGAUUUCUUAACAUUUCCUAUCACCAGAAGAAAGAAGAGGGUAUUCCUAUGGCCCUCCUCUAGCCUCAUGCCUGAUCCUACUCUACCCGUAUGACAAGGGCAUGUUUUUAUUGCUUGAUGCCUGCUCUGAUCUGUAUACAGCUGCAGUGCUAUUAAUCAGAAUGUGAUAUAUAUUCCCAGAUGCCUCCAUCGGGGGGGUCAUACAGGAGCCCUGGAUAUAGUACAUUGUCUUAGCAUCCCUAUGUAUCCCUUUCUAUGCAUUAUUACAUUAUAAAAUGACCUAAGAUGGCAUCUUGGCUUGUGCCUACACCAGUGUUUCCCAACCAGGGUGCCUCCAGCUGUUGCAAAACUACAACUCCCAGCAUACCCGGACAGCCAGAGGCUGUCCGGGCAUGCUGGGAGUUGUAGUUUUGCAACAGCUGGAGGCACCCUGGUUGGGAAACACUGGCCUACACUAUGUAGUAACCAGUGACAUUGGCAAGAAGACCCCGGCCGUGUCAUUAUGUGAUUGAAAUAUUUUCAUUUGGAUUAUUUUAGUUUGGUAAUUCCCAAGGCUUAUAAUGUCGUCAUACUGAUAAUCGAUGCCCUUAAAUCCCAUUAUUCAGGUUUGGGCUGAAUAUUUUAACUAUAUGGACCUUAAAGGGGUUCUCCGGUGGGAAACUUUUUUUUUUUUUUUUUUUUUUUUUUUUAAAUGAACUGGUGCCAGAAAGAUAAACAGAUUUGUAAAUGACUUCUAUUUAAAAAAAAAAUCUUUACCCUUCCAGUACUUUUUAGCAGCUGUAUGCUACAGAGGAAAUUCUUUUCUUUUUGAAUUUCUUUUUUUGUCUUGUCCACAGUGCUCUCUGCUGACACCUCUGACCAUGUCAGGAACUGUCCAGAACAGCAUAUGUUUGCUAUGGGGAUUUUCUCCUGCUCUAGACAGUUCCUGAUACGGGCAUCUGGUGUCAGGCAGAGAGCACUGUGGACAAGACAAUACAGCAGCUAAAAAGUACUAGAAGGGUAAAGAUUUUUUUUUAAUAGAAGUCAUUUACAAAUCUGACGAUAUGGAAAAGAAGUUAGAUCAGCUCACCAUAAAAUUCAAAGAUAUCCAGCACAACUUCUCCUUGUGGAGGUGCGGAAGCAAACACUGGGGCUGGGUCCUCAGGUGGUUGAAUCACAAACGGAGAAGGUGAACUUCCGGCCCCCAACUCAGAGUAAAAUUCUAAUUUUAUUUCAAAUUAUAAUUAAAAUCCAAGUGCAGCAAACAAGAAAAAUGAAUAAAAAAAAUUCACAAACGAAACGCACCAACGCGUUUCGAAUUGUUAACAAGUUUAACUUUCUGGCACCAGUUGAUUUAAAAAAAAAACAAAAAAAAAAGUUUUCCACCGGAGUACCCCCCUAACACUAUCUACUUGGACGUCUUUCAAGAAAAUGGAUUCUCUCUAGAUCUGUAUACGUAAGUGACACGAUAUAGAGCUGUCAAGAAGAAUUGCCAGAUCAAAUGGACCUUUGGAACAAUGGCUUAUACCUGUAUAACUUCUGCAGCCAAUGAUAUCCACAGUAUGGUGUAAACCCCUCUUAUAAUCCUAAAUGGAAUACUCUGCCUUAACUUUGUUUUACUGUUACAGUCACCUCCGAGAUAGAUCAUUCCCAGACUCCUUUGCUCGCAGAGGGUAAGUGCAGGCUAUUGCUGUGCAAUGCAUUGCUCUGCCUCCUGGCAGCACAGGGGUUUCUGCAGUAUGUCUAGUGUUGUUUUGAGCCUUUUUAAUUUAUAUUUUCAUACAAAUAAAAAACAAAAAAAUGAUUUUUUUUUCUGCAAAACAUCAAAAAGGGUGACAAAAGAGGUUUUGUCUGUAUUUUUUUCCAUAAAUAUUCUGGUGUUAUAAGGAAUACACUGGAGGUACAUAAUCUGAUUUAGUUUUCUGUCUUUCUGUCUGAAAGUAUUUUUUGUUUCAGGUCUGGUAUUUUGCACAUACUUUUUAUGUGGGCAAGGAUACCUACUGCUAUAAAUACACCGAUGAGCCAUACCGUUAAAACCACGUGCCUAAUAUUGUAUAGAUUAGUCUUGUGACACUAAAACAGCUCUGACCUGUCGAUGUCUGGAGUCCUUAAAGGGGUACUCCGGUGGAAAACUUUUUAUUUUAUUUUAUUUUUUUUAAAUGAACUGGUGUCAGAAAGUUAAACAGAUUUGUAAAUUACGUCUAUUUAAAAAACAAAAUCUUUAUCCUUCCAGUACUUUUUAGCAGCAUUUGAAUUUCUUUUUUGUCUUGUCCACAGUGCUCUCUGCUGACACCUCUGUCCAUGUCAGGAACUGUCCAGAGUAGCAUAGAUUUGCUAUGAAGAUUUUAUCCUGCUCUGGACAGUUCCUGAUACAGGCAUCAGGUGUCAGCAGAGAGCACUGUGGACAAGGCAAAAAAGAAAUUCAAAGAGAAAAGAAUUUCCUCUGUAGCAUACAGCUGCUAAAAGUUACUGGAAGAAUAAAGAUUUUUUAAUAGAAGUAAUUUACAGAUCUGUUCAACUUUCUGGCACCAUUUGAUUUAAGAAAAAGAAAAAAAUUCCACCGGAGUACCCCUUUAAGAACUCUUAAAGGGAAUGUGUUGUCAGAAAAUUACCUUUUUUU